AUAUUAUAAGGAAAUAUGUACUAGUCAUGUGAGUGGGGUCGUAACUCCCUUCCCGCUAUUUUGUAGCUGAGCUAGCAGCUAACGCGGCUAUCUGCUAGCGAACGUAACAGGGAAGAGGCCGCCCACCUUUAAGCCAGCACGCACGAAUUUAUGUGAAAGCUAGGYUAUCGGUGUCCGACAUAGACAGCUGUUUGUGGUAUUUCCUUUGUGCUGGAAAAGAAAAACGGCGUUCAGAAAGUUAGCUGGUUAGCUCAAAAGGUAAUUCUGAGCAGGGMGGCUGCCGCUUAUCACCAUCCAGCAACAAAACACACAGUCUCUUUCCAAACAAAAUGUCGAAAAGUGAGGCAGAGGAGAUGAUAGAGAUAGAAAUCGAUGAACGGGAGAAACAGGCAUGCCUGGAAGAAGGGGUUGAGGAGCAGACGAUCACAUCRUCUGAUCUGAUUCAACAAGACAUCGACAUCAACGAGCCAGUCGGCAACUUGAAGAAGCUUUUGGAGCCUCGCCUCCAAAUCUCACUGGAUGCCUUUGACAUCUGCUUGCAAGAUAUUCAGCUCCAUCCGGAUCACAGCCUCUUUGAUCAGGGAGUAAAAACAGAUGGCACAGUCCAGCUCAGCCUGCAUAUUAUAACCAAACCAGGAGAGGAGAAACUGAACAUUCUGGAAAUAGUGAAGCCAGUAGAAACAGUGGAAGUAGUGAUCGAUCCGGAUGCUGCUGGAGAAGAGGGUGCCUUGGUGGAGGAGGGACAGCUCAUCACUGUAGAGCGGUCCGCCCUGACUGAUGAGACCUCAGAGCAGGUCACGCGUUGGGCCGCGGCGCUGGAAGGUUACCGGAAAGAGCAGGUCCGACUUGGCAUUCCAUACGACCCCACGCUCUGGACAGCUGAUCAGGUGAUCCACUGGGCUGUGUGGGUCAUGAAGGAGUUCAACAUUGAUGAGAUGGAAAUCGGCAGCAUUCACAUCCCCGGCCGAGACCUCUGCAGCUUCAGCCAAGAGGAGUUUCUGCAGAAAGUGCCCAACGGAGAGAUCCUGUGGAGCCAUCUGGAGCUGCUGCGCAAAUAUGUGUUGGCCAGCCAGGAUCAGUCUGGAGGGGACGCCACUGUCACCAUUGAUCAACCUGUGCAGAUAAUUCCAGCACAAGUGAGCACACCUACAGCAAUAAAGGUGCUGAAACAGAACCGUGGUGCCAGGACACCACGCAUAUCAGGAGAAGAGCGCAGUUCACCUGGAAACCGCACAGGUAACAAUGGUCAGAUCCAGUUGUGGCAGUUCCUGUUGGAGCUCCUGACAGACAAAGAUGCACGAGACUGCAUCUCCUGGGUCGGUGAAGAGGGAGAGUUCAAACUSAACCAGCCGGAGCUCGUGGCACAGAAAUGGGGUCAACGUAAGAACAAACCAACGAUGAACUACGAGAAGCUCAGCCGAGCCCUGAGGUAUUACUAUGAUGGUGACAUGAUCAGCAAGGUGCAGGGCAAGCGCUUCGUCUACAAGUUUGUGUGUGACCUGAGGACUCUGAUUGGCUACAGUGCAGCCGAGCUCAACAGCCUGGUGGCCGAGUGCGAGCAGAAGAAGAUGACUCGCUUGCAGAUGCAUGGCCUCUCUCAGCCCAUCACCACAGUGACCCUGACCACCACCACGCUGGAGAAGGACAGCUGAAGGAGGGCAUAUUCACGCUCUGCAGCCGCCAUGAGGAAAGUGUGGUGCACCACUCCCACCUGAAGUCAGAAACCACCCCUGGUCAACGUGGGCAAAGUGCUUUACUGUCGUCUUCCCAGUUUUAUCCAAGUUAAACUGAGGCAGAUAUAAUUUUUAGCUUUCUUUAACUGGACCCAGCAGGAGCGCAGGGWGUGAGAACGUCUUUACGAUUACAGGUUGUCAUUUUCACGAUGAAUGCUUGAGCGUGACCGAAAACCCAGUUAAGAGCUUGGUGUCGUCUGUAGUUUAGGAUCUUUUCCACUGUAAAUACCGUUACUUUGUGUUUUUGAUAGCCACAUGGACAAGUGUAUUUUCAUAUUUUCCAUUUCUAAAGAAAAAAAAAGGACCCGUUUUUGUAUUUUUAUUUGGUGUCCAUUUCCUAAAUUGCUGGACCUUUUUUUUGUCCACUAGGGGGAAAUAAAGUGACAAGCAUUUUCUAAA